AGUAGAAAAGCUCCAGAAACAUUUCACACGUAAGCGACAAGUAUAGAUCUUCUGAGUUUGCUGAUGAUGCCGUGUGUUAUAUUUGACUCAUCUCAGGAUUCACUCUGUAAGAACUACAUUUUCAAGUUUAAUUCAAAUGGUCAGCAAUAAUGGGAAAAUGUGUGGCUACUAAUUUGGCCUGAACACAGAGUUAACUCUGAGACUAUUCUGAGCGCCCCAAAACCCUGUCAGUCCUGUCAAAUGUGAAAAAAUAACUUAAUAAAUUAAUAGAAAUGGGGUAUAUUUUGUUAUUCCAACCAAAUAAUGAAGCUUUGUGAAGCCGUUCUUUAGCAAGACACCGAAUGCUGAUGUCAGCUGUAACAUCUGGAUGAUGGGAGUAUGGGUGCAUCACAUAUCUUUACUUCCUUCUUCUUGCAAUUUUUUCUUAAAAACACCAGAUGCUUAUGGGAGAACAGAAAGUUUGCGAAAUAAUUCUUUUAAGAAAACAUUGUCCUUUCUGGCCUGUAAUGUUUACACUGUAAACCAGUCAAGUUUAAAUGUUGUUAAAUAGUAGCUAUCCUCUUAAUAUAAAUCAUGUCCGAAGCUUUCUACCCCUUUAUAUUCAAGUUUUUUUAGUUAGUUUUCAUAUCUAAAUAACCUGCAAAGACAAAAUGCAUAAAAGAGACUUUCACCAGCUGGGCCCACGUCCUCAUCUUAGGUUUGACAGCGUUUUAGUAGAUAAAGGUGAAUGUUUUGGAUUUGAAUUGAGCUGCGGUUUGGGGAAGGCCUCGAAGGGGACUGGCUGCGGCUCCUGGGCCUGGCAGAUCCCCAUGUACUAAAUAGAAGUGAAAAAAUUAAAGAAUUGAACAGGUGAAGGAGGGUGGGGCACAUAAAUGAGAACGAGCAGCUUGUAGAACUGGGGGAACAUAUAGAUAAGAACCAGAAGGAGCGUGUUUGGAGGCGUGGUCCUGCUCCUGGAAUUCAGAUACUUUAUCUCCAAUAAAAUGUAAGAUCUUUUAGUUUCUGAAUUUAUGCUUGAAUGUGGUUAAAAUGCAAAACACUAACACUCGAGCCUGAAAGCAAGGACUGACAUCACAAUGUCUGCAUUCAUUUUCCUAUUUACCGAGUUUUAAAACAAAAUCUUAAGACCAGGACUGCAGCAUGGCAGAAAAAGGUUUUGUGAGAUAAAUGCUACAGAAAUAUUUACAGUUUUCCCUUCUGAAAAAGUCUUUUGUUCAUAAAUAAUUUUAACUAAAAAUAUUACCCUUUUGGUCCUUUAGGUUACAUUAAAUUUGGAUUACGUUAAAUAACUAAUUAACUAAACUUGUUCUUAACGAUUCUCCAACAAAUGCAUUGAUGAAAUAUGUCAUGUCAUGACUUCCAGCUUCUGUGGAACUCCUCAUACUUCCACAAUCUAAGAAUUGUGUGAUGAAAUGUGUCAUUUUGUAAAGUUCCUCUUUAAUCACUGUUAAAUUUAUUCGUAUGAAGAGAGGAGGAGGAAACAGAAACAGCUGAGGCGAAUAACUGGAGGAAUCAUUUCUACUUUUAACACCUUAACUAUUCUGCAUCUCCAGAUAUCUAGUUCUUCACGCUCUCUGGAGAAGAAGGUAGAUCACAGGGGAACAAAUCAUUUACUCACUGUUCUUCAAGCUUUUUGAAAAUGGUCAACUCUAGAAGUGUGUUACUGCUGGUCUGCACAGUCUUGGUGGUUGGGGCCAUCUGUGGAUCAGACGGUAAGAUUAAACUUCAGACUCCGUCUCGCCAAGAUGGAAAGAGACGACCGUGCUGCGUUGCAGUCACCAACCUCGAUAUGAGUGCUGAGGUGGUGGGGGAAACAUAUCGUCAGCAGGCCGCAACACCACCCUGUGUGAAGGCUAUAAUUUUCAACACAGAACAUGGACCGCUUUGUGCUGAUCCAAACGCUCAGUGGGUCAAAGAUCUCAUUGCGAGCAUGACGAGGGUAUGAAGUACAAAGUGUGAGGUGAAGCAUCGUUGCCUGUCGGCUCAUCAGUAUCUCCUCAUGAAUUUUAUUCGAACUUUUCUUUGAAAUGUUUUUAUUACUUUACUCUUUUAAUUCUGUUCUUGUUCUUAUAUGACUUUAAAGUGACGACUAAUAAUGGACGUGAAUCUAUGCUUAGACGAACCAACUGAUUUUCUUUUUUUUUUUAAGUUUAGUUACAUAUUUAGUUUCAAAUCUUCUUUUAUUCUUUAUUUUUUGCUUUUAUGAUUCCAUUUAUCUGUGUAUAUCAUGAUGUUUUGCAAAGCUGACUCUGACAAAUGAUAUCCAAAUAAACUUUGACCACCAGUCAUUCAAUAAAUCUAAUAUCUUAA